UUGACAAUGUCAACUUAGUGUCGAACACACGUGUUUUUAAAGUAUGUUGUUGCGAAAAAAGUAAUAAUUAUUUUAAAAUUUGAGUUGUAAAAGCUUUAAAUAUAUAUAACCUACAUCUCUACAUAAUGGAGCCAGUUCAAAUGGACAAGAUAAUACAAAAAUUUAACGAUUUAACCGCUAAACCAGUGAAAUAUCUUGUUGUUCAGAAUGAAAUUAAGGAGGAUAUUAAAACCUUGAUUAAAACUGUUUAUGAUUACACAAAGAAGGAGGAGACGGUAAAUAAAAAGAAGAAGAAUAGUGCCUUGCAGGAAUUGAUCGUUGAUGAUUUUGAUGAAGAACAAAUUUGGCAGCAAAUUGAGUUACAAAACACGGAGUGUUGGGACCAAUUGGUGUGGGAUGUGGCGAAUUGCCUGUCCAAUAAAAACGAUUUAACGUUCCCAGUUCAAAUAGGUGAACCAGUUAAAGAAAAACCUAAAAAACAAAGAAAAAAUGCAACUGAACCUAUUGAAUCAAAUGAAAUUAACAAUACAGUUAAACCAAAUAAUAAAAGACCAGAAAUAAAAAGUGUGAAUCUCAAACACAACAAGAAGCCAAGCAAAAAGUCGUCAAUAGUGGACGAUCAAUUCUUUAAAUUGAAGGAUAUGGAACAGUUUUUAAUAAAUGAAGAGAAGAUGGAAGAAAAAGGGAAAAAGAAAGAUGAUGAUGAAGAAUCGAUAGAUUUAUUUGAAGAUUUUGAUGAUGAGGAUGAUGAUGAAGAGAAUGGAGGCACAGAUAUGAUGUAUAAGGAUUUCUUUAAUGAUGAAAAUGAUGGUGGAAUUCCUGAUGAUACAGCUGUAGAUGAUGAAAUUAAUCAGAGUACAAAUGAUUUGGAUGUGAAUGAUGAUGAAGAUAUUGGUGAUGACAGUGAUGCGAUGGACGAAACAGGUGAAGAUAUUGAAGCAGAUAGUGGUGAAGAGGAGUCUGAAAAAGGAAAGAAAAAGAAGGUUCGAUUUGCUGGUUUACAACCAGAUAGUGAAUCUGAUAGUGAAUCAGAUGAUAGUGACAAAGAAACUGCAAAACCGAGCAUGAACUUGGACAAAGAUGAAAAGAAAUCAGAAUUUGAAUUGAGACAGCAGAGACUGAAGCAACAGAUAUCAAAACUAGAAGAGAAGAACCUGACAGAAGCCCCAUGGCAAUUGAAAGGAGAAGUUGACGCUACCAAACGCCCACAGAACUCACUACUUCAAGAAGUUUUAGACUUUGAUCUAACAACUCGACCUGCACCUAUUAUCACAGAACAAACUACAAUCACUCUAGAAGGUCUGAUUCAACAGAGGAUAAAAGAUAAAGCUUGGGAUGAUGUAGUUAAAAAAGAGAAACCAGUAGAUGACCAACUGUCAUUUAAAAAGACAGAAGUACUGGAUCAUGCUAAAAGCAAACUCAGUUUAGCUCAAGUAUAUGAAGCUGAAUAUUUGAAACAGAAGCAAGCGGCAUCAGGAGAGAAGAUUGAAGAAGAAGAGCCAGAAAGUCAUAAAGAAAUCCGAGAUUCCAUGAGUAAGCUAUUUGCUAAACUGGAUGCCCUAUGCCAUUACCAUUACACACCAAGAGCACCACAAGCAGAAGUUAAAAUUGUCAGUAAUACACCAGCCAUUUCCAUGGAAGAAGUGGCUCCGGUAGCAACAAGUGAUGCUGCAUUACUAGCCCCAGAAGAAGUUAAGAAGAAACAGAAGGGAGACCUAAUGAGUAAAGAGGAGAGAACUAAAACAGAUAGGAAUAGAGAGAGGAGGAAAAAGAAGAAAUUGCAGCAGAAGAAGGGGGGUCAAGUGAUGAAGGUAACUGAUCAUCGGAAUACAAGCAAGGGUGUUGAGGCUAAUGAUAAGUCAUUGAAGACCUCAAAGGCAUUCUUCCAGCAGUUAAAUGAUGAUGCUAAGAGCAUAAUUAAAAGUAAAACUGUUAAGAAUAAAAAUAAAUAAAUUAUUUGUUUUGAG